AUGGUCCAAGGUUUGAAAUUCCUUUCCAAAAAGGGUUUCAACCCUCAAAAUCAAACUAAUCGAAAGCAGGUGUGGGAAGCCCAACAGGCAUCAAAGCUAGAACAGGAGAGAAUUCGCCGAAGAGAGGACGAGUUGAAACGUGAACGAGAAGAUGAAGAAAUUUGUCAAAUCCAGCACGGGGAUGGCUCGCAAGCCCAAUUAAGAUUCAUGUAUGAUGCACCACCAGGGUUAGAGAAGACGAAACAAGAGAUUGAGGAAGAUCAGAAAUCCGAAAACAACAAAUCCAAUUCACAAUCCAAAGAUGUGACACAAAGUCAACCCGGAGACGAUGCAGCAGCUGCUGCCUUUCGACGAAUGUUGGCGUCCUCGGUAGGGGGUUCACUUGCAACAAACGAGGAAGAAGUAGAGGAUGACUGCGAACCAAAUGAAGAGUCUUCUUUAAAGUUUACACCAGUCUUGCAAGGAAGCAAAAUGGACCCAGCGCUAGAAUCGAAUCCCAAGAAGAAUCAAGGGGAAGGAGACCAACGAUCUGCCUUGGAAAAAGCUGUUGGACGAAAAGACCGUGGGGGUGCCCUCACCUUGGACGAGCAGCUUGCUCGAUUUCCCCAAUUGAAGAAUGCUCCUAUGGCCAAGGGGAUGAGUUCCACCGACGUCAAUGUGUCAUUCAAACCGUUGGGAGCCCAAUUACGCAAUGUACGAUGUUUGGCUUGUGGUCAAUGGGGACAUUCAAGAGGUGAUCGAGAGUGUUCAGUAACUGGGUGGAAUCCAUUUGCUAUGACAGGUCCCGCGAGAGUAGCACCUAGCAACAACUCCACAGUCAUCAAUCCUCCAGAUUCCAAAAAGAGCAAGCGCCGAUACAGUGAUACUUCCAGUCGAUCUCAUGACAGCGAUAGUUCCGAAGACAGUCGAAUACGACGAAAGCGAAAGUCCAAGAAACGAAAGAAAAGUCUUAAAGAAUCCAGACGUCGCCAUAAAGAAUCAUCUAGACGACAUAGGAGAAGACGGUCUCGGUCACGAUCGGAAUCGCCUCGAAGCAGAGAUCGAGAUAAGAAACGAAGGUCAAAAUCUCAAUCCUCCCGGUGA